UGGGACUUUGGCAUGUUGUGCUCUUCAAAGAAACUAAGGGAGUUUAAGGACCCUGCACCCACCUUGCCACCAGGCUCAGUUGUUCAUCCUGGAAAGGAUGCCCAUGGCUUCUAUGCCGGGCAACUAGGACGGGUCCAUGAGGUGCACGCAUCCAGAGGAGCUCCAGGACCUUUCAGUAAGUCGCAACCAGCUCCAGUAAACUAUGAAGCUGAAACUCCAUUCCAACCUGACUUUGACAAUUCAGCUCUCAGGAAGUACGCCCAUUUUCAAAAAACAACGAAAAAGACCACCAGUGACCAGUACAAUCAGACUUCAUACAAAGCAGCGUUUGACUUGGCACAUCUCAACACAAGUCAUGAGAGUAAAUAUAUGCCAACAGAUCCUGGACCACUUAUCUGGACAAGUACUGGUAGGAGGAUGUUUUCAACUUUCCAGGCCUGCAGUUGA